UCCCACAUACACUGACAAACACUAAACCACCCAUACAAACGUAUUAUACAUACGUACGUACACUUGCAUGCACGAACACUUUCAGUUUUUCCCUCUCAACAGCACGACAGACAACGCACAACAAUAUAUUUUCAAACAAUUCCAUCCACAGUUUGAAAUGAAGGCAGGAUGUGACACUCAUUCACUGCACACACAGUCACUUUCACAGGCUCAUAGGCACCCACACACUUUACAAAAAGUAAAAUAUAAAGGGGAAAAACUAUCGGAACCACAUGCCAAUAGAAGUAGAGAAUAGUGUUUUGAAAAUAGUAAAACACUUGAAAUCAUCAUUGAGCAAAAUUGGAUGUGGAGACGGAGAUGGAAUGACAACGAAAAAAAAACUGAAAAAAAAUAUAAAUAAACAAAAAAAGUAAAACGAUUUCUGUAGCAUCUUCUUUUUUUAGAUAUUUGAAAUGUUUACGAUCUAAGCCACACACACACGCGGACAAGUGCAAAAUAUAAAUAAAAAAACUAAAAUUUCCCGAAAAAAUACACAAGAUUGACAAUUGAACACGUUUUAGUGAAAUUUUGUUAUCAAACCAAAAAAAAAAAAAAACGAAUUAGAAAAUAAUAUAGUAGUAGAGAUCAAGACCAGAAUACAAAAGCAAUGUCAAAUAACAGCAAUGCAGGCUUGAACCAACAUGCAAUCUACAAUUAAAAUUCAAUAUUAAAUUGCCACAAAAAAGAAAAACAACAAAAAUAUGAAAAACUAUUUGUCUGUCACAACACAACUUGUACAAGUGAUAUGAAAAAGUACUUGAUUGAGUCAAACGAAAAAGAAAAAAACUAACACAUCCAUAAAACAAAAUAAGCGUUAAUAUACAAUGUUGACGUGUGUUUGUCGUCCUGUAUCGGGAAAUUUACCUAAAAUGCCACCCUCUGUAAGGCCAACAACUAAACAACAACAGCAACAGCAAAGAUUAUUACAAAAUAAUAACAAUAACAACACCAAUGUAUUAAAUAAUAAUAACAACAACAUCAAUAUUAAUAACAAUAUUUACAACAACAAUCAUAUGGUAGUGGUUACAGCCGAACCAAAACUAAAUGUGCCUGGCAGGCUGACGUCAGCCGAAUUAAGGGCGAUGGCACUACGUCAACAGCAGCAAAUUGAUUCACAACAUCAACUGUUGGCCACAAAGGAGCAACGUUUACGCUUUCUCAAACAGCAAGAGGUACGAAAUGCUGUUGCCAAUGCUGAGGGUGAACGUUUGCGGCGUUUACGUGAGCGUGUCGAGGCUCAAGAAUCAAAAUUAAGACGUUUACGUGCUUUAAGAGGUCAAGUUGAUUUGCAAAAGACCUACAAUGUUACACUGAGUAAUGAUUUAGACUCGAUACGAGCAUUAUUCAGUGAAAAGGAAAAAGAAUUAAGUUUGGCGGUAGCUAAAGUAGAAGCUCUAACUAGACAAUUAGAAGACUUAAGACGAGAUCGAAGAUGUCCCAUAAAUUUAAUAAAUGGUGGCAGUACCACCGGUCAGCCCUUACCGCCUCAAGCAUCCAGGGAAUUGGAAAAGUUAAGAAGAGAAUUGAUGUAUCGUAAUCAAUUGUCAUUGCAACAAGAUGCACGACUACACUUACAACGAGAAGCCUUACAACAAAGACAAGCGGAAUUGCGAUCUGUCGAUCAAAGAAUUUAUGAGUUGCAAACACGUUUACAACGUAAAAAAGCCGCCAAUGUACAAAACAAUCAACAAAAUAUCAGUCCACCGCAUUUAAUGCAACAGGUACAACAACAACAGCAACAGCAGCAACAUAAUACUCAGCCACCUUCUAGCCAAAAUCACAGUACAUACAACAGCAGCAGCAAUACUAACAACAAAAGCAAUGAUGUAAACUAUACAGCAAAUGUGGCACCCAAGACCGGUGUAGCGGCCCUUAAGCAGCAACUGCUGCAAAAACAAGCCAAUCAAGCUGCAGCCAAUGGUCAGGCGUACAACAAUAAAUUCGCCAAUAUUAUAAAUCGUGGUGAAAAUCGCAACAUACCACGAGGCAAUGUGGCCGCCGUUGAACCCUACAUACACACACCUCAAAAGUCCACCAUAACACCCACCUCUUCCUAUUUGGGCAAUAUAUUAAAGCAUGCUGCCGCCACAGCCAACACCAAUCAACAAAAUCAGCUAAUACAAGAUCAUGCUCAUGUAAAGUUGAAUUUGAGUCAUGGCUCGAAUGUGGCGAAUCAUUUAGCGGGCUCUAACACCAGUCCCAAUUUCUUUACAGCCGAAAGUGAUGAAUCAAAGUUGGCCAAGAAAAUGUUAACGGCUGCCAUCACCAAUAAGAACACAUUAAGUGAGCAACACAACAAUCAAACGAAUGCGGAACCAGUUAAGGUAGAUACUUCGCAUCAUAUUUAUGCAGAGGUGGGACCGAAAAAACGAGAUCUGGUCAAAGAAGUAGCUGCAAAUUUAGAAACUCAAACCAAUACCAGCGCUAAUACAACACAACAAACUACCACCAGUAAAAUACCCAAAAGUAUAGGAACCAAUAGCUCUGCCUCGGCACUGAUAAGUAAACUAAAUAAUGCUGCCUCUAGCCAUCACACAACAACAGGACCAUCUCAUAUACCACAAAGGGAAAAAUCGGAUUUGGAAAAGAAAACAGAAAUAGCGGUUAGUAAUGAAACGCUAUUGGAGAAGAAUUCACAUCAGCUGACAGUGCAUAGUAUGCCUUUGGGAACGGCCAAUAAGUCGGUAGCUACCGCUAUGGCUGCAAAUGCCAUUUCACCCACUUCCUCAACGAGCAACAACAACACCUCUAAUGUAAAUUCGAAUGAAAAAUCGAAAAACUCAGCUGCUGGCAGCUUAGUUGUACCUCCACGCAAACCCAUUAGUAGUGUGGCGCCCACAUCGGUUACCAGUGCCAUACCGAAAAUGAUCACCUAUAGUCCCAAGGUAAAUAGAGUGGCGCCAAGUGUAGUAAGUGCUAAUGCAGCGGCUUUAAGCGGCAAUGCCACUAGUAAUAACAACAAUAGUGAUAGACCAGCCUUGCCACCGAAACCCAAUAAAAUGUCACCAAAUGAAGCCAACCAAGAAACCUCUACGACAAAUGCAACAAAUCCCUCUACGAAAAAGACCUCAUUAGAACAGCAAGCUGCUUCGUCGAACGCCUCUUCCUCAUUACCCUUACAGAAUAUUAAUGAUAAUUUACCCAUUAAAGCGAAACCCUUAACCAUACGCAAACAACCGCUAUCCGAACAGCCCCGACUAAAAUCUUCCUCUAACAUAAUAAAACCCUCAAGUCAACAACAAAAUUCGCGUAAACUGGAUCACAACUCCGCUAAUAAUUAUUUGUUUAAUGAACGUAGAUCUAAUAAUAAUAAUGAGCUUUCCUCAGAGACCAAUAGUGAGGCCAACUCAACGCCACAAUAUUCUCCUAAUCUUCAAUCGCAACAGCAGCAGCAACAGCAAGUGCUCGGUUCACAUUCUCCCAAUACUUUAUCACCUCAAUCUCAGAGUAGUGUUGAUGAACCCGAUCGUAGUGAAAAUACAAAUUCACCACAAGAGAAAUCCUCACCCGAUAGUCUUAAGAGAAGAAUGCGUUCGCUAUCGGCUGGUAAUGCCAGCUCCAAUGCCAACAAUGGUAAACCCAAACUAACCAGAAGAGUUAGUUUUGAUCCUUUGGCCUUACUACUCGAUGCCAGUUUAGAGGGUGAAUUGGAAUUGGUCAAGAAAACUGCCAUGCAGGUGGCCAACCCCAGUGCGGCCAAUGAUGAGGGCAUUACCGCUCUACACAAUGCCAUUUGUGCGGGUCAUUUUGAUAUAGUCAAAUUCCUAGUUGAAUUUGGUUGUGAUGUCAAUGCCCAAGACUCAGACGGCUGGACUCCUCUACAUUGUGCUGCCAGUUGUAAUAAUUUGGCUAUGGUUAAAUUUUUGGUGGAAAAUGGUGCCUGUCUAUUUGCUGCCACUUUAUCGGAUCACGAAACUCCAGCGGAGAAAUGUGAAGAAGAUGAGGAGGGUUUCGAUGGUUGUUCAGAGUAUUUGUACAGCAUUCAAGAAAAACUUGGCAUACUUCAUAAUGGUGAAGUAUAUGCUGUCUUCUCGUAUGAGGCCCAAAACAGUGAUGAAUUAACAUUCAAUGUUAAUGAUCAUUUAGUCAUUUUACGCAAAGGUGAUGAUGCGGAAAGUGAAUGGUGGUGGGCUAAAAAUGAACAAAACGAAGAGGGCUAUGUGCCACGCAAUCUGUUGGGACUCUAUCCUAGAGUACCUCCUCAGACGACCAACUACACUGAUUAGCAGUUAAUAAGAUUUUGUGUUUUAAAAAAGAAAGCGGGACGUUUAAUA